GCUUUGGUUGUUGACAGUGUUGUUGUGUUUGUUGUUUAUGCUGUUGUUAUGUUGUUAAGAUACAAUGGCACAAGGCAGGGAAAAUGAGGUUUAAGUAUGUGUUCAGAAAAUAGACAAAACCCGUAUCAGUGACCUCUCCACUUCCCACAUACUGGAACAUGCUUAAGAGCAAGUCUGCAUGGAAACGUAACCAUAAGGGGAAACACUGAGUGGCAUUAAAGGACGACUCAGAGUCACUGCUGAAACACUGAGGCAUUAAAGGACGACUCAGAGUCACUGCUGAAACACUGAGGCAUUAAAGGACGACUCAGGGUCACUGCUGAAACACUGAGUGGCAUUAAAGGACGACUCAGAGACACUGCUGACGAAUUGCUCUCUAAAGGGUGUGCUGUCCCCUCUGUGAGCGUGCGUCUUCACGAUGACUGACCCUGCGAUGGAGCUGCCGUUCUACUACGGCAGCAUCAGCCGCGCGGAGGCCGAGGAGCAGCUGAAGCUGGCCGGCAUGUCCGACGGCCUCUUCCUGCUGCGGCAGUGCCUCCGCAGCCUGGGUGGCUACGUGCUAUCGCUGGUCUGGAACCUGCAGUUCAACCACUACCCCGUGGAGAAGCUGCUGAACGGCACCUACUGCGUGUCCGGGGGCAAGCCCCACUGCGGCCCGGCCGAGCUGUGCGAGUACUACAGCAAGGACGAGGACGGGCUGGUGUGUACCCUCAGGAAGCCCUGCCUGCGCACCGCCGACACCCCCAUCCGCCCCGGCGUCUUCGACACCCUCAGGGAGAACAUACUGCGAGAGUAUGUCAGAAAGACCUGGAACCUGGAGGGAGAGGCCAUGGAGCAGGCCAUCGUCAGCCAGGCCCCUCAGCUGGAGAAGCUGAUCGCCACGGGCGCCCACGAGAACAUGAACUGGUUCCAUGGGAAGAUCGCCCGGCAGGAGGGCGAGAGACGCCUCUACUCAGGCACACAGCCAGACGGCAAGUUCUUGGUGAGACAGAAGGAUGACACCGGCACCUUUGCGCUUUCUCUCGUGUACGGUAAAACCGUCUACCAUUACCAAAUCCAGCGGGACAAAACGGGAAAAUACUUAAUGCCAGAGGGAACAAAGUUCGACACGGUGUGGCAGCUGGUGGAGUAUCUGAAGAUGAAGCCCGAUGGCCUGGUGACUAUACUCAAGGACCCCUGUGUCAAUCGCAAUAAUGCCGCAAAUGCUACUCCUGCUGUGCCACCUGGGAGACUAGACAGGAGAUCAGGGAAUGGAUACACACCGGCCCCUGUUACCACUGAUUCCAGCAUGAGGUUGGAGACUCUGAAGGAUCGGCCGGCCAUGCCCAUGGACAGCUCUGAGUUCACAAGCCCUUACGAUGACCCAGAGGAGCUGAAGGAAAAGAAGCUGUUCCUCAAGAGGGAGCAGCUGAUGAUUGAUGAGGUGGAACUGGGUUCGGGGAACUUCGGCUGCGUCAAGAAAGGCGUCUACAAAAUGAGGAAGAAACACGUUGAUGUGGCCAUCAAAGUCCUGAAGAGUGAGAACGAGAAGGGCGUGAAGGACGAGAUGAUGCGGGAGGCGGAGAUCAUGCAUCAGCUGGACAACCCGUACAUCGUGCGCAUGAUCGGCAUAUGCCAGGCUGAGUCCCUCAUGCUGGUCAUGGAGAUGGCUUCCGGUGGGCCUCUCCACAAGUUCCUUUCCAGCAAGAAAGACCAGGUGUCUGUGGAGAACGUGGUGGAGCUGAUGCACCAAGUCUCUCUGGGGAUGCUCUACCUGGAGCAGAAUAACUUUGUGCACAGAGACCUGGCCGCCCGCAACGUGCUGCUGGUCAACCAGCACUACGCCAAAAUCAGUGACUUCGGCCUGUCAAAAGCCUUAGGAGCCGACGACAACUAUUACAAGGCACGCUCAGCAGGAAAAUGGCCGCUGAAAUGGUAUGCUCCAGAGUGUGUGUUAUUCCACAAGUUCUCCAGCAAAAGUGAUGUCUGGAGCUUCGGCGUGACCAUGUGGGAAGCUUUCUCAUAUGGAGGGAAGCCGUAUAAGAAAAUGAAAGGACCCGAGGUGAUGAGUUUUAUUCAGAAUGGCGAUCGAAUGGACAGUCCUCCAGGAUGCCCUGAGACGAUGUACACUGUGAUGUUGGACUGCUGGACAUUCAAGCAUGAGGACAGGCCCAGCUUCGCCAAGGUGGAGGAGCGCAUGAGGACCUUCUACUACUCCAUCUCCAAGAAGAGCCCUUCGGAGGUCCCUGAACCUGUCGAAUAGUGACCCCGACCUCUGCCCUUUGACCUAUGUGCCAUGGCGACCCCUACCAAUAUCAUGCAGCCCAUACCAGCUAGCUAAUCAUUUACAACCCAUGGGUCUGAAGCAGUUUUCCGCAUUAAACUCUUGAUUGAAUUGCAUUUUUUACAACUCAUGAAUUGUGUUUCUUGCUUGGGAUAACAAAUUACAAAGUGGUCUUUUCAAUCAAUCCUCUUUUCUUGAAUAUAAAGGGAAAAAUCCUCCUAUGCUGUUAUCCAGACUGCUUAGGAUAUGCAUGAUGCAAGUGCUUCUUUGCAAAGUAUAUGCACCUCAUAACUUAUUUUUUUCCACUUAAAUAGGCCUACUUAUUGACCAUGUGUCCAUGUGCUUUUUUAAAGAGACAAAAAUAAAAUAAUAUGAUAGAGUAUGGCAUGAAUUUGAGAAAUGAAUAUGCAUUUAAGCAAUAAAGAUAAUUUUGUCUGUUAAAGAA